GGUCAGCGAAAAAUGAGUAUUCAGUGUUACAGUAUUACACUACAACAGCAUUGACUAUUGACACAGACGCAACGCGCGUUGCGAUCGCUCCUCCUUUGUGCGCCGUGCGCGUCAAGUGCAAAUCAGCUGUUCGGUGAAAUCGAAAUCAUCGGCAUUCAGCGUCUUCAAAUCUAAACACUAUUACAACUAAACAACUGUAAUCAGCGUGACGCGCGAGCGUAAUAAACUAUAAAGACAUCGUCCGAUCGUUGCUUUAUGUUAUUUUUAACUCUCAUGCCUAUGCAUAUUAUUAUUAAUAUUUGAUAAAUAUUUGUAGUUCUCGAUUGCCUGUGCACAACUCGUCAGUUAGUCACUACUCGCGUGGAUUAAAAUACCGAUCAAUAGAUUUUUAAUGAUUGCUGUUUACAAGGCCUGCCCGGAAAAAGGAUGAAUUAUUUAGGGAAAUUCAUCAGUAAUUUUCGGCAUGUGUACAAUGAGAUCAACCCGGCCACCUUAACCGGAGCCAUCGAUAUUGUCGUGGUGGAACAGCCGGAUGGCACAUUUACUUGUUCGCCGUUUCAUGUUCGCUUUGGUAAGAUCGGGGUGCUACGGAGCAGAGAGAAAAUAGUUGAAAUCGAAAUUAAUGGAGAACCUGUUCAACUUCAUAUGAAACUUGGAGAAUCUGGUGAAGCAUUUUUUGUUGAAGAAAUAUCAGAAGAAGAUGAUAUUGAAACAAUACCACCUCAUUUAGCAUGCUCACCAAUACCUGACGAUGAAGAACGAAAAACUAUAGAAUAUGCUAUUAACUCGGAACAAGUUGUUCCAAAAACAUUUUGUGCAGAAACUGUAGAUGGUGCUACUCAAGAUUUUCAACCAUUAAAAUUUAGACCAAUUGAAGACUCUCCACCUCGACCACAAAUGCGUAAACGUCGCCGCAAAAAAUCUGUAAUCAAAAGAAAGGUUAAAGAUGAAACCAAGAAACUUGGAAACACAUUUGGAUCUUGUGAUCUUCCCGCUCCUACUUAUUUAAUAGAUAAUGACGACCGUUCCCAAGAACAAUAUUUGGAUAAUGAUUUACAUUUCUUUAGUGAUACAGAUGCAUCCCCAAGUUCAAAUUUCGGCGAGGUGAAAUAUAGUUGUGCUGCUGUUCAGUCUGAUACUGAGUAUGAACUUCAACAAAGAGCCAGAAAUUCAGCGGUUGAGAGUCUUAUUGGCAUAUCUGCUAUUAAUAAAACAGAUUUGAAUAAUGGCUCUAGUGAUCAUCAAUUUUGGCGUUGGGGAGAAUUACCUACACCACCGGCACGCCGCAAUAGUUUGGAUUCUAAUGAUUCAAAAUUAAAUUUGCAAGAAGCUUCCAAAAAACAAGAAGCGGCUAAUCAGAGGUCAAUGUUGGCGAAUAUGUUGGGUUUUAUGAAAAAAACUAAACACAUUCGCCAUAAUUCUUCAGAGAAUGGAGGAAUAUAUUUAGCUGAUUUAUGUACAGAUCAAUUAGAUCCUAAGGUAUUAGAAUUGUAUUUGUACAACCAAACUCCACCAAGACAGGAAGAAGUUAAAGUCGGUGAUGAAAUAGAUGAUGAUGAUGUGGAAUCUGGAAGAGGUGCUUCUUUAUCUCAUUCACCUACAAGCAUGGAUAGAGAAGGACCAAAGUCAAUUGAUAGUGAUUUUGAUGAAAAGUUCCACCAAAAUUCACCGUGUGAUGUAUCAGUUUCCUUAUGUGGAGAGUUAGAUUCUCUGAAUGGUAAUGAUAUUAAUGAAGAGAAGUUUUCCAAGCAUCAGAUUUCUUAUGAAGAAUUCACUUCUGAUUUCAAUAAUCUUGUGAAGAAUCCUAAUUUAGUGGUGCGCGUAAAUAAAAAGUUUUAUAGUUGCCAGACUGCUUUGCCUCAUUUGAUCUCAAUAGCUGCAUAUCAAAAAUUGUUACCUCAGAAUGAAUUUUCUGAAGCCAAAGUACAAGCAGAGAACACUAAAGGUCUUAAUCGAGGUUAUACAUCUUGGUUCAAUUGGAGUCGUGCUAGUAAAGAUACUAAAUCAAUUACUCCAAUAGAGGGAAAUAUUGACAUUUUAAAAAAUGAUUCCAAUAAUUUGUCAGAGCAACUUAUCCAUAGUAAUGACAUAAACGAAUGCCUUAAAUCAGAAAUUGAUGGUAAAAUAGACAAUGAAUUGGGACCGUCCAACUAUAUUCAAAGACAGCGGUGCUAUAGUUCUACUGAUUCUGAGCUUGAGUUGGAAACUACAAAACUGUCAUUGAAGUCAAAAGAUAAAAAUGAUAUAUGUAGAAAAACUUUGAGAUUAACUUCUGAACAAAUUGCAAAAUUAAAUUUAAGGGAAGGAUCUAAUGAAAUUGUAUUUAGUGUUACGACGGCUUAUCAAGGUACUAGUCAUUGCAAAUGUUUCUUAUUCAAAUGGCGGUAUGAUGACAAAAUUGUUAUAUCUGACAUUGAUGGAACCAUUACUAAAUCUGAUGUGCUGGGCCAUAUACUUCCAAUAGUCGGUAAAGAUUGGGCCCAAAGUGGUGUCGCUAAAUUGUUUACAAAGAUAAAAGACAAUGGUUAUAAAUUAUUAUACUUGUCAGCCAGAGCUAUUGGCCAAUCAAGAGUUACUAGGGAUUAUUUAAAAAGUAUCAAACAGGAAGAUUUAUCAUUACCAGAAGGACCUGUACUAUUAAAUCCAACUAGCUUACUGAAUGCAUUUCAUCGCGAAGUCAUCGAGAAAAAACCUGAAGAAUUCAAAAUCUCUUGUCUCAAAGAUAUUCAAGCUUUAUUUCCUACUGAAAAUAAACCAUUUUACGCUGGUUAUGGAAAUAAAAUAAAUGAUGUUUGGUCUUACCAAGCUAUUGGUAUACCAAUAUCAAGAAUAUUCACAAUAAAUCACAGGGGAGAAUUGAAACACGAAUUAACUCAAACGUUCCAAUCUUCUUAUACUGGCCAGAGUUGUAUUGUUAAUGAUCUUUUUCCGGUAUUGGCGUGCGGCGAUGACGUUACAAGCCGUGUUGAAGACGAUUGUAACGUCAUCAGUAGCAGUAGGGAUACCAUUAGUACCACAUCUUUUGAAUGUGAAACAUUUGAUAUACUUAUAUGAGUACAAUGGUGGAUGAAAUGUUCCCCGUGUUACCCAUGCAAGAGUUGGACUA